UCUACCAUUACACCCUCCCUCACAUUUUCUUUGGGUCUCUCUUUUUAACUUCGAUUAAUUCUCCCUCAUUGUCUCUCUAUACAUACAUACAUACAUACAUAUUUAUAUGCGCUCACACACACAUAUAUAACUUCGCUAAUUUUUCAAGAAAUUUUUUAGGUGGGAUUUUGUUUUUGUUCUGUUUUGUGUUCUGAAUUUUUUGAUCUGGGAUUUUUUUGAGAGAGAAGCAGAGGGUUGGGGGGAGAAAAUGGACGGCUGGAAAUUGUGGCAGUGGGAUGUUUUCAGAUCUCUUCUAGCAAUUCUUCAGUGGUGGGGUUUUAAUGUUACCGUGAUUAUUAUGAACAAAUGGAUCUUUCAGAAAUUGGAUUUCAAAUUUCCUCUCUCCGUAUCAUGUGUUCACUUUAUAUGCUCAUCAAUUGGAGCAUAUAUGGUUAUCAAAGUGCUAAAGCUUAAACCUCUAAUAGUGGUUGAUCCCGAAGACCUCUGGAAAAGGAUAUUUCCCAUGUCUUUUGUGUUCUGUAUCAACAUAGUGUUGGGAAAUGUCAGCUUACGCUACAUCCCAGUCUCUUUCAUGCAGACUAUAAAGUCAUUUACUCCUGCAACCACAGUUGUUCUGCAGUGGCUAGUUUGGAGAAAGUACUUUGACUGGCGAAUUUGGGCCUCAUUGGUUCCUAUUGUUGGAGGAAUUCUGCUCACAUCUAUGACAGAACUUAGUUUUAAUAUGUUUGGUUUUUGUGCUGCCUUGUUUGGAUGUCUAGCUACUUCAACAAAGACUAUCCUUGCGGAGUCUCUGCUGCAUGGAUACAAGUUUGAUAGCAUAAAUACUGUGUACUACAUGGCACCUUUUGCAACCAUGAUCUUGGGAGUGCCGGCACUAUUACUUGAAGGUAAUGGGGUUAUGGAUUGGUUUCAUACCCACCCCUCUCUACCGGCAGCCCUCAUUAUUUUCAGCUCGGGAGUGCUGGCUUUCUGUCUUAACUUCUCCAUCUUUUAUGUGAUUCACUCAACUACUGCUGUCACGUUUAACGUUGCCGGGAACCUUAAGGUUGCUGUUGCUGUGUUGAUUUCAUGGCUGAUAUUCCAAAACCCGAUUUCGGGUCUAAAUGCUGUUGGUUGUGGUAUCACACUUGUGGGGUGUACAUUUUAUGGGUAUAUCCGACACAUGCUUUCCCAGCAACUCACCGGAACUCCUCGUACGCCACGAACACCCCGGUCACCGAGGAACAGGAUGGAACUACUUCCCCUUGUAAAUAAUGAUAAGAUAGAUGAUAAGGUUUAAUCGAAGUUGUCUUGUAUUGGGUUCUUGGGGGAUAUAGCCUAUAGGGUAAUACAAAGGAAUGGCAUAUUCUGGACAUCAUAGAUUACUCGUAGUUUAACAUGUUUCCUGUUUCUUAUAAACAUUAAAAACUAAAGUUCUUACAUAUUUAUGGAUAAAGUUCAAAGAAGUCAUUAAA